UUUCUUCUUCUGACCGGUAAAUUAAAUUUGACGAAAAUGUUAUUGGCAAAUCUUUUGCGACGAAGCUGCAGUUCUCUUCCUUUGCUUCUAGGAACUGUCGUUGUUUUAUGGUUUUGCUCUUCACAUGAUGUUGAAGCAACAGGCUCUAAGGUGGAGUAUCUCCCAGGGAUUCGACAUGAAGGGCCUCUUCCAUUUGAACUUGAAACCGGAUAUAUCAGUGUUGGGGAAUCAGAAGAUAUACAACUUUUUUACUAUUUUGUAAAGUCUGAAUCAAAUCCCAAUAUUGAUCCAAUUGUGCUUUGGAUCAGUGGUGGUCCCGGAUGCUCUUCUUUUGUUGCAAUGACAGAAGAAUUGGGGCCAUUGUUAUUUGAUGUACCAAAGAAUAACCGGACUUUGCCUACAUUGUCACUAAAUCCUUAUUCAUGGACAAAGGUUGCAAGCUUUAUCUUUAUAGACUUACCCGUGGGAACAGGAUUUUCGUAUGCUAAAAGUUCAAAAAAUUAUACUGAUGUAGAAACAAGUUAUCAUGGAGCUGAAUUUAUUCGCAAGUGGUUAGAAGAUCAUUUUCAAUAUCAAUCCAACUCAUUCUAUGUUGGUGGAGACUCAUAUUCUGGUAUUACCGUUCCAAUGGUUGCUCAAGCAAUAUCAUAUGGGAUUGAUGCCAGAUUUAAGCCACACGUUAAUCUUAAGGGCUACAUAGUUGGCAAUGGAUUCACAAUUCCAGUUGACAACUUGUAUUAUAUUUACCGAGCGGGUCGCGGAUUAGGUCGUAUUUCAGAAGAAGCGUAUACGAAAUUGGAAGAUUGUAUAAAGAUAAAAUUUUCUGAUCCAAAUUGCAGUAUAGAGAUAGGUUUAAUGAAUGUGGUGCCCCAUUAUUAUUUGCCUAAUGUUAUUGGAGAAGAAAAUGAUGCUAAGAGGUUCCUUGGGUACAAUGUACAUGCCUUUGAUCGUGGAUUAUUAUAUUCGGCUGGACAAAUUGCAUCUCAAUGGAUUAAUAAUGAUAUCGUUCAAGAGGCCUUGCAUGUUCGGAAGGGAUGCGGUGAAAAAUGGGAUAAAUGCAGGAGACCAAUAGCGCGAUAUAAAAAAACUGUGAACGACAGUAGACCAUAUCAUGCAAAUCUUAGCACAAAAAGUUAUAGAUCUCUUAUAUACAGUGGAAGUGCAGAUGUGUAUAUUUCUUCAUUUUAUACUGAAUUCUGGACAAAGUCAUUGAAUUAUUCUAUCAUUGGUGAUUGGCGACCUUGGUUUGUGAACAAUCGAGUUGUUGGUUAUACAAGGACUUUCUCCAACAACAUGACAUAUGCCAAAAUCCUGGGAUCAGACCACGUUGCUCCAACAAUAACACCCGCCGAGUGCUUCAAAAUGUUUAAGAGAUGGAUAUCUUAUGAACAACUUUAAUAUUGUAUGGCAAUGGUAAAAUCUAUGUUAAAAGUACUUUUCAUUCAAUAACACAUUGUUGUACCUAAGUUUUAUUUUGAUGGUUUAUGAUGAACUUCAUGUCAAAAACUACAAAAUGUUUUUGUAGUAGAAUAUUAUUUAAUGAAUAAAUUACUAUGGAGUAUAAUUUUGAAA